AUGUCCAAAGCUGAGAAAUCAGUUCUUUUUUCCGCCGCUGUCAUCCAAUGGGUCACAUCCAAGGACAACGCCGGCACCUCGACCGCCUCCUCAACAAGCGGCGCUGUGAAUGGGAGAGACGCAUUGGGUCAAGGGUCGGCCAGGGUACUCACUCCCUGCGCCGCAAACUCGUCGACAGCAUCAACUCCAGUUGAGCUUCCGUUAGUCCCUACAGCCCGGUCCUCAACGCAGAUGGACUCGCGCGCAGGCGAAGCCCCGAGUACCGCCGGCGGCGUCGUCAUCACAACUACCAUCGAACGGGAGAGCAAGCUCGGCGGCACUACCCAGUCCCAAGGCAUCCCAAUGGGUAUCCCGACGGGCUGUGGGUACCAAGAUUGCUUCGCCGCAGAAGAGGGCUUUGCAAGCUUGCAAGACGACCCCCCCGAAGCUUAUACCUCUAGAGUCAAUAUCACCGCCGGUCAGCUUUGGCCGAUUUCACCUUGA